AUGUCUGAAUCUACUCUCAUUAGGACUAGGAAGUUUAUUUCAAACCGUCUUCUUCAGCGUAAGCAGAUGGUUGUAGAUAUUCUUCACCCUGGUCGUUGCGUCUUAUCCCGUAAGGAGAUUCGCGAUAGACUUGCUAAGACAUAUAAGACAACACCUGAUGUCGUUAUGCCUUUUGGCUUCCGUACGCAGUUUGGUGGAGGAAAAUCAACUGGUUUUGCUUUGAUUUAUGAUUCACUUGAUGCCGCUAAAAAGUUUGAACCCAAGUACAGGCUUGCAAGGAAUGGAUUGGUAGAGCUCAAGAAGACCUCUAGAAUUCAGCGAAAGCAACGGAAAAACAAAGACAAAAAGUUCCGUGGCACCCGCAACAAGAAGGCCGAACGUAAAGCCAAACGAGCAUAA